AGUUCUGCUGACGAUGGAAAUAUACGAUUGAAUUGCUCACUUACUUCACUUUUAUUUUUCUCGUCAGAGACGCCGGUGCCAAGUGCGAUCGCUCAAACUCAACAUGGCAGAAGCACAACAAGAAGAACAGCAUGGGAAACCAAUUCGUGUUAUGAUUGCAGUCGACAACAGCGAGAAUGCUGAACACGCUUUUAAUUACUAUGCCGAACAUGUUCACCGCCCGGGAAAUGAAGUUAUCGUAUUUUACGUCUCUGAUCAAGUAAAGAUGCCAACGUAUGCACUGUUUUCAGAGGGUGUUGGAUUCAGUGCGGACGAAAUGAGAGAUCGAGUGGCAGAACUAAAACAGAAAAACAAGAAACUCGAAGACAAGUUUAAUGCAAAAUGUAAUAUUUCCAAGAUGAAGCAUAAAGUGUUAAUCGUAUCGGAGGACACUCACGGUCCGGGCCAUGCUAUUGUCGAAUCGGCUAAGAAGCAUACUGUCGAUUUGAUCGUGAUCGGUUCUCGUGGUCAAGGAACAUUGAGGAGAACGAUACUUGGAUCUAUCAGUACCUACGUUAUCCAUCACAGCCAUAUUCCAUCCCUUGUAUGUCCAGGAGAAAAACAUCAUCAUCAUGAAAAACAUCAUCGCCACCAUUAAAUCAGUGUAUAUGACAAUUUAUGAUGAUUUUAAAACAAAUACAUUGGUUUUGAAACUAACGUAAUUAAAAUAGGUCUCCUAUGUAUUUAUAUCCUAAUAAUGCAAUGUAAAUUCAGUCAUCAUCACUAAGGCACCAAUUCCAAUCAUCUGGACUGACAAUAUGGCGAGAGGUCGUUGAUCGCAAUCUAAAGCUAGUUGUGAUCAGAUCCAUGCAAGCCGAGGCAAAUUUGGAUUGGAAUUGUAAAACAUUUAUUAUCGUUCACAACAACUCGUAAAUUUGAUCACGUGACUUCCAACACAUUUUAAUUUAUGUCUGGAUUUCACUUUCGGAAACCCCCUAGAUUUGGAAUAAAUAAUUUCCAGAGUU